GCGGCUGCGGUGUCCUUCGGCGACGUCGAAGCUGCACCCGAAGAGCACUGCCAGGCUCUCGGUGCCGAGGAAGAGGACCUCUGCAAGGACGGGCUGGAGGACCUGAAGGCCGUGUACGGGCGCAAGUUCGGCCUGGGCCUGGACAGGGGCCAGGGCGUCCGCGAGGGCAGGCUGGAGGACCCGAAGAGCCCGUGCAUGUGCGAGCUCGGUCUGGACCUGGGCGAGGACACGAGCCUCUGGAACCUGGGCGAGGACGAGGGCCUCUUCGAGGGCACGCGGGGGGACACCAAGGGCCUGCACAAGCGCAAGUUCGGUCUGGACCUGGACGAGGACAAGAACCUCUGCGAGGACAAGCUGGAUGAGGACCCGAAGGGCAUGCACAAGCGCAAGUUCCGCCUGGACCUGGUCGGGGAGGACGGGCGCGAGGACCCGAAGGACAGGCUCAAGCGCAAGCUCGGCCGGGACUCGGACGGGGACGAGGUCCUCUGCGAGGACAGGCUGGCCGACAUGAAGGGCCUGCGCAAGCGCGAGGUCGGUCUGGACCUGGACGAGGACGAGUGCCUCUCCGAGGACAGGCUGGAGGACUUGAAGGGCAUGCAGAAGCGCCAUUUCAGCUUGGACCUGGUCGGGGACGAAUGCCUCUGCGAGGGCAGACUGGUGGACCCGAAGGGCCCGUGCAUGCGCGAGUUCGGCCUGGACCUGGGCGCGGACGAGAGCCUCUCCGAGGACAGGCUGGAUGACCUGAAGGGCAUGCGCAAGCGCAAGUUCGGUUUGGACCUGGUCGAGGAAGAGGGCCUCUGCGAGGGCAGGCUGGAGGACCUGAAAGGCAUGCGCAAGCGCAAGUUCGGUUUGGACCUGGUCGAGGAAGAGGGCCUGUGCGAGGGCAGGCGGGAAGACCUCAACGGCCAAUACAAGCGCGAGCGCGACCUGGAAGAGGGCGAGGACGUGGGCCUCUGCUUCGCGGGGGCCACCUCCCGCAUCGCCCUCGCGGCGGCCAGCAUUCUCCUGGGGGUCCCACUCAAGGCCCCUCAGGCAUUAGACGACCCUGAGCUCGCCUGA